AAAAAACAGAUCAAUAGAUAGAUGGAUUUCAUUCUUGCAAGUAGAUGUGCAGCAUGAUUUAUUGCCCAAUUUAUGAAUCUCCCUGGAAGAAAUGCAAGUGCUUUCAAAUCAACACAAAGGUUCCAUCCAAUUCUACACAGCUCGACCGGCUAUGCCUUAAUCUUCCUAACGGAAUGCCCAAGAGCCAUCAGCUCGUGGACAUUGCCAUGGUGAUCCUACCCUACGUACGGGAGAGCUGUGCCAAUUUCGAAGUUGCUUUGGAGAUCAAGAACCUCUUUGUGGGAGUGGGCGACAGCGAUGUAAUCAUCAACUCCGAUGCCCUGGGAUUCUACCCCUACCGCAUCAAACUCUGGAUCGGUCCACAGCUUGACGAGAUGAAGAGCCCUGUCAAUGCUAUCUAUUACAAGAAUUCUCGUGUCAAUUCCAGCACGCGCACCACGAGCAGCGACAACGAGAUUGGAGCUCGAUUUAAUCUAUGGCCACUGUCGCUCAGAUUAAAGAAAUCAUGGGGGCGCUCACUUCAAGAGCCAAUGGAGUGCGAGUCCAUCAGUGUUGGAGAUCCAGGGAACACUGCUAAGCUCGAGUGGAAUCUCCUUCGCUGGAAUCACAAUGGGACGAAGUAUAAUCCAUCCAAACCAUACUCUGGCCUUGGCUCUCUUAAGCCGCCAUUGCGAGGAGGGCGCACAAGUAUCAGUGUGGAAGACUUUCCCAUCACUGUGUGGCAUCUGCCCACAAGCAUGGCGUCCAAGUUUCCACUCCGGUUCAACCUUCGUCUCGAGGCUGACAUGCAUCUCGUCUGGUACACAAGAAGCAAAUGGGUGUGCCGAGAGGCAAAUUGCACCAGCGAGAGAGUCGAAUUUUCUCGAGAGUUUGUUGUCGCAGAUGGUGAGUGACAAGUCCGACUGUCAUACUGC